GCUACAACCAGCAGCCGGCCCUCUCUCGGUGAAGACCGCGUCCGAGUGACACCUCUCUGCUCUCGCCUUACUCACUUAACUUAAGUGCCAUGGAUGAAUCAAGUAGUUGACGUUUCCUGUAACCUUCUCUUUUUAAGCUUUCUUCCCGUCCUGAUCACUGAACCAGAUUUUUUUUUUUGUUGCAACCAGCUUUGACCAUCCGAGAGCAUGAAGUACAUCAUCGGCAUCGGAGGCGUGACCAAUGGAGGGAAAACCACCCUCACCAACAGGCUGAUCAAGAACCUGCCCAACUGUUGUGUUGUUCAUCAGGAUGACUUCUUCAAGCCCCAAGAUCAGAUUGAAGUUGGUGAAGAUGGCUUUAAGCAGUACGAUGUCCUUACUGCCCUGGACAUGGACGCCAUGAUGAGUACCAUCUAUGCAUGGUUGGACAACCCCGUGAAGUUUGAGAAGUCUCAUGGCAUCAAUAACACCCUGGAUACUGAGAUUGUCCCAAAGUCUGUCGAUGAUAAGGAUGAGGAGGAGACUCACAUCCUUAUUGUCGAGGGCUUUCUGCUUUACAACUACGGACCUUUGAUCGACGUGCUGAACCAACGUUACUUUAUUUCCAUCCCGUACGAAGAAUGCAAAAAGAGGAGGUGCUCAAGGAACUACGCGGUGCCAGACCCCCCCGGCCUUUUUGAUGGCCACGUCUGGCCCAUGUAUCUGAAGCACAAGAACACCAUGGAGACAUCAGAUGUUGACGUCUUGCAGCUAGAUGGAACCAAGUCAAAGGAACAACUGUUCAACUUUGUCUAUGGUGACAUCCUGAAUAACAUCCAAGAGUCUCUUUAACAAACAAAGGUCAUACGAUCAGCUAAACGGAGCAUAUACUCAGCCUGCAAGCAGAACACCGCCUUGCCUUAAGUUUCUACCUGGCAGCUCAUUUAGCUGACUGCUACGAUUUUUGUAAAUGUUUUAUUGAUGGCAUCAAAUGCUGGCAUGUUUUUAUAUCAACAAUAUUUAUUGCUUUGUUACAGCCUACACUCCGAAGAGAGUUGAUGGAUUUGUUCAGAGGAUAGAAGCAUUUCUGUCAAUAAAUGAUCCUCCAGCCAA